AUGUACGCCGCUCAGAAUAUAACGCCAACAGUUUUGGAUGCUAUGAAUGGAAAUGUUUCCGAAUGGUAUAACGAAUGCGACAAUGCCAUUAGAAGGUCAGAAAUAGUUCCUGGAACUUACGAAUAUACAACUGCUGUUUCUUAUGGAAAUGUAGGUGAGUUUGGAGAAGGUUCUUCAACAACAGUAGAUAUUGCUUGCGACAGGUUUCAUAUAAUUUCUAUUGACAACUCUUUCUUAUACGUGGAACAAGACAUUGAAAUAAAACCUUCUGCCAAGUUGUCUGACAAGAAAGGUUGCAAUGGAAUUUUCUAUGUCGGAUACCAAUAUGCUCCAGAAGUUUUCAUGGGAUAUAAGAUAUAUUCUAACUCUGACUUAGUUCAAACAGUAACAUGGGCAAACUAUGAAUGGUUCGCUUUGAGAAACUCAGUACAACCACAAGCUAGAGAACAAACAGACCAGUAUGCAACUAUUGAGAAAAUAAGAAGACUUGACCCUAACGUUCCAGGAGUUUAUGUUGACCUUUCUGGACAAACUGCAGCAGCAGUAACCAAAGUAAAAUUGAAACUUAGAGUUCCUUUGUCAU